GUUUCUGUUAGCUCUUCCAUCCGACAACCACAGCGAUGAUGAUGAUGAUGAUGAAGAUGCUGCUUGGCUGCUCUCUCUGCCUUCUCCUCCUGAUCAGCUGUCUGAGUGAACAUGUGGAGAGCCGGACCCUGAACCUGGACAGCUGCUCUGUCAAUGUUCACACCCACGAACUGCGCAAAUAUUACACUGACAUACGAUCAAAAGUGAUAGAAGGAGACGGUGAGAUCGGAGUGAAACUUCUGGACAAAUCACUGAUGAAGCAUGUUCAGGAUGGUCAAAAGUGCUGUUUCCUACGUCUUGUGCUGCGUUUCUACGUAGAGAGAGUGUUCAGCAACUACGCCUCUUCUCACCCACAGCAGCAACGAUGCUCCAGCGCUCUGGCCAACGCUUUUGUGAGCCUCAGAAGAGAUAUACAUAAAUGUCACUGCCACUGUGGAGAUGACACACACAGAACAGUCGACUCCCUGCAUGCUGAGUUUGAUAAGUUAGAAAUCAACCAGGCGGCACUGAAGGCCAUGGGAGAACUGGACACUGUGCUGGAGUGGCUGGAGGGACUCAGCCAGAAAACACACACUUGAUCAUUCAGAAGUGCCUGCCGUCUCCAAGCUAACAUCAGAUAUUUAACUUCUGAUGUGACAUUACUUGUA